AUGAGAUUAAAUUACAGUCGCUGCUAUUAUAGUAGCCAGCGGCGGCGCCAGUCACUUCCAAAGCGUUUUCCUCUUAUUUAG